CGUUGGCCCAGUUGGAAUACACCGCGACACCCCAUGCUUGAGAUUCACCUUGCUUUCCCCUAUUUUAUCUCAGUUUGAACUAUAAGUGUGCACAGUGUCUGAGGGUGUCUGGGGAGGUGUCCGGGGUGUCGUCGGUCAGUGUCAGUGACGGUGUGUGUUGUGGCAUGGAGGAUGGGCGCGGGACAUAGCGCGGAGUGCGAUGGCGCGACUAGCGAUCCGCCUGCCCACAGUCGGAGGAAAACGCAUUGCAGGAGGCGAAGGCACUCGGUGGACUCGGUCUCGUCGUAUUCUAGUCAGAAUCACGUUGACCGUAUCAGGACUCAGAACUUCUCAGCGGCUUCUUGUCAAGACGAAGGCGACUUCGGAUCGAUCAAGACAAGCCUCUUCAGACGGUCAUCCUCUAAUUUGGAAUAUUCAGUCAAACGGCCAGAAAGCGUCACCUCCACAAGUUCUACAAGAAGCCGCCUUCGAGAACUCGUCGAAAGGAAAUCGAGUCAGGACGAACACAAGCCCGCGGCGAACACCGUCGCUGACAUACAAUACUUUGAGAAUCCCACGGAGACUUUGGAAUUUGAUAAGCCGCGGAACUCCUUAGAAAAGAAAAACCAGGACGAACGACCCAAAAAGCGCAAACUAUCUAAGGGCAAAGAGUGCGAUAGCAAAAACAAGAAAAACGAAAAAUAUCAAAGCAAGCUUGCGGAAUAUUACAAGCUUCCUGUGCAACUUCCGCAAGACGAAUUUUACCAACACUUGACGCGGUCGAAAGCGGCAGAAGAGUUUCUGCAAAAACGAUUCUCAAACUCGGACACAGAGUUUAGCGGUAGCUACGGGAGACUCUGCAAGCACAAAGAAAUCGAAGGGUCUAAUUUACGUCGAAGUAGGAGCUUGGCAGUUAUACGCGAAGAAACCUUUACUGACCUUCAAAUACAAAACCACACUAAAGCUAAAAGGUCUCAACUCAUUCCACGUGCUCGCUUAUUUGACAAGCCUUGUUUUAGAGACAGAUUAACCGGACGUGCAAAAUACCAAACAAAAGAAGAAGUAUUGGAGGGAAUUUAUAUUGAUAGUACAGUAUCGUGUUUCGCGGACAUAAACCAACAAAGAGUAGACGAAGAAUCCCCUACACAAAAUAAUAACUCAGAAAGCAAAUCGGAUAAAGAAGACGUUAUAUCACACGACGAAAGUCAACACUCUAGAGCAGGCAGUUGGGCAAAUUUAAACGAAGAAACUAAGCAAACAAAUCUAUCAGAAGAUAGCAUUGGACAUUCACGCAAUCCUAGUGAAAUCGAUAGCUUGGACUCCAACUACGUAAGAAAACACUAUAAUUUUGAGGCACAUCGGAAAAAUUACAAAGAUAGCUCCCCUGAAACUGAUAGAUCCCCAAAUAGUUGCAAAGAGCUUUACAUUACUACUGAUGAUCCUGAUAGUGAAAACGAAACUCAACAGAUAUCUAAAACUAUAGAUCCUGAGACUAAUAAUAACAUUCCUACUUCAAAAAGUGAACAAAUCAUAACAGAAUCUAAUCAACCCACUAUAAUUUGCAACUCAAACACUUACGAAAUCACGAGAGAAGGUCAGUUAAACGGCGAUAAAAAUUUAAACACUGAAACUUAUAAUAUAAACACUGGACAUAAACAAGAUUGUGAUACCCAAUCUGUACUUUCUGAGAACGACGAAACAAUAUCUAGUCAAGCUGACAGUAUAACAUCAUACAUAUCUAUCUCCAUCGCUUCUUCGACAGACAAGUCCCACAAACUAGAAUACUUGGCAAAUUCGCUUGCUGAAAAAAUUGAUGAAUACUGUGACUCACAAUUUCAAGAAAACAGUUUUGUACAUUCGCAGACAUCAAAUUCUGAAAAUCAAAACCUUGAAACUGAUCCUAUUUAUACAACUGUUCAUAAAAAAGCAACAUUUGCAGACAUAAGACGUGAUUCCUUUUUAAGUAAAACUAGUGACUCAACUAUCAAAGAAAAAAUAAAAACACCCACCAAUGAAGUUUAUGUUAGCAAUACCUUCAUAGGUUGUCAUGAUUACAACCAAGAUACUUAUUGCACAUCUUCAAAAAAUAUAACAACUGAACCAUUCGUAACUACUAUUAUAGAAAAUCAGUACUAUUCUUUACCUGACAUAAACAUAAGCAAAUGCUUACGAAAAUCAGAAAGAAUUGAUGCUCAAUUAAGAGAAGAAGAUCCAGAAGACAUACCUUGUGAAAAUACUUACGAAGUAGCACAAACACACUUUAGAGAAAUAUUAUCAAAUAAAAGUAACGAAAACUAUGGCCAACUGAACAAAAUAAACAUAAGUUAUCACAACAACGAUAACAUUCUUAAUGAAAACGUAACGCUUGAAAAUUCAGACUCUCAAGCUAUUCAAAACUUUUCCAAGCUUGAAGACGACUUAAAAUCUAUAAUUACUAUCGAUAGUUCUAAUCCAGAUGAAACUUCACACUACUAUCAUCUAGAUCACCACCAGAACGAAAGAGAAAUAAACGAAAUUGAAGGUACUAUUCGAAACAAUAAAAUCAUAACAAAGUCUGAAAGUUUAAAAAUCGCUCAGAAUCUUUCUUACAAACCAGAGGUUAGAAUAUUAAAAUCAUUUUCUAAUGAUAAUAUUAAUAAUUCAGUAAAAAUUCAGAAAGUUAAUACGGGGAUAAAAAAGCACUAUUCAUUGCGUCAACGUAAUCCUGCUGAAGAUGAAAACUUUCGUGUUCCAAGUCCUAACAGUGUAGACAAAAGAAUAAACAAAACUUGCCAGCCAUCGCCUACAAAACUGUCAUUUAGCGAGCAAAUUAAAAACCACUCAUUGCUUUCAAGAGUGCAAUCUUUCAAGACUUCUGCGGAAUCUAAUAUAUCGAUUGUACCUUUAAGUGGUCAUCAAACGAUCGUCAUAAAUCCACCUGUAACACAAAAUAUACCUAUUAGAAACGAUAAAAUAGUAAACACAAGCCACAAAACAAAUUUAGACAUAAAAUCUCCAACCGAGAUAAAUCUAACACAUUCAGAACAGAAGCGAACAAUAAGAGACGAGGAAACUACUAUAGAAAACAAUAUAAAAAACAGCGAUAAUAAUUCUUUUGACACAAGCCACAUUGCAAAAGAACCUUUUAUAACAAUAAAACUUAACAAAGUCGUGAAGAAAACAAUUCCAAAAUUGAAUAGUAUAUCUUAUGAAACAACUCAAACUAGUCAGCAACAGUUACUGAAACCUCCACCAAAACUUAUCAUAAACGAUAAAAAGGACUCCAUACUAAAUAACAAUUUACCAAAUAAUAAAUCAGCAAUGACACGGCCACAAGUCUUGCAAGUUAUUGACUCAAAAAAUAAAAAACAGACCUCUAACAGCUACCCAGACAAAAACAAAACAGUUAAAAAUUAUCAACAAUCUGAGCAAAAUUUAGAGACAAAAGAGGAAAUCAAAGAAUGCAAAGGUGACAAUAACCAUGUGAAAGAGAAACUUAACGAUGCAAUAAAAACAGACAUAGAAUAUCAAGAAAAAAUUAAUUCUGUCAAGAGUUAUUGGUCCAAGCUAAUUGAAAACCCUCCAGAACUUCAAAAAAAGGAAGAAUAUAUUUCGGAAAGGUCAGAUGCUUCAGAUGUAAUUAAAUCAGACAACACAAAUAAAGACUGUGCACAAGAGUGUGGUGAAACUAAGAAAUGUAUUCCAGAAGUAUCAGUUGGUAGCAUUAUAAAAUCGUUGGAAAGUGUUAAAAUUGUAGAUAGCAUUAGAAAAAUAAGUCAAACUAAACUUAAUUUGUGGAAGGACGAAACGGAAAAAGUUAAAAGCGAUUCAGAAAUAGACGAACCACUUGUGGAAAAGAUAGUAAAAGAAAAUAGUGGAACAAUUUACGAUAAUCCUAAAUAUAUUAAAAAACCUGAGAUAGAUGUUUCUAGAGAUACACCAGAGAUUGAAAUCGUAGAGUUAAGUAAUGAGGACAACCAAAAUCAAAAAACUCAAGCCACUCUUAUUAAAGCCAAGGGAUAUGAAAAAGGAUGCGACGAAUUCGAUCACGUGAGAUAUAAAGUAAUGAAAUCGGAACUUUUUAAAAAUAGUAUGAUAGCAAACUAUCGUAAAGAAGCGCAAUUUGAUGGGCUUUUACAAUAUUUACAAGAUUAUAGCUUUCAGGAACUAUUAGUCAACAAUAACAUAGUAAUAAUUGAACCCGUAAGAACUAAAGUUGAACCAGCUCCGAAAAAUAAAACAAAAACGGAUACUUGUAAAAUAUCACCUAUCUUAUUGAAGAAAAAUGAACACUCUUCCCAAGUUGAAAAAUCAAAAAAUGCAGUACGAAGACACUUUUUUUAUCACCCUAUAAGAGUAAAUAAAGAAAUAAUAGAGGAAGAGCUUCCAAACCCAGAUACUGUCAAGAAAGUAAGAAAUCUAUUUGAAGAUACGUUGAAAAUGAAAAGCCCAAUGACUCAUGAUCCUCCACUGGUCGAUGAAAAUGCCGGACUCACAAGACGAGCUACGUCCUACAAAAAUUUGAUUGAAGAAACAAAGAGUAGUAAAAUUGGAGGAAGGAAAAAAAUAACACGACAAUUAACUAUUGAAACGAACUUUGGUAAUAAAAAGUGGGACAAUGCGAGCUUAUCGAGUGGAGUAUCUAGUGGAGAUUUGAGUUCAAACAAUGAAUACGAAACCGACGGUCACAGUCCAUAUUCACAGAAAGCUCUUAAGGAUAAUGUUUAUAGUUCUAGUGAUGAAUAUCUAUGCGAUUCAGGUAGUCAAGACUUUUGUUGCGAAAGUCAAUACGUAAGUCCAGACAUCCUUAAAAAAAUACGGGAUUGUGGAACGUCUGUUACAUAUUAUGGAGGAAAGGUGUUAAAUUCUAAACCUGGUUCUACAGUUAGUCCGAUGACCAAAGCUAUAAUGGAAGAGAUUAAAAAUCUGCAGAAAAACUGUAGUAGAGAUUGUUAUUCAUGUCAAACCAAAUGUCGAGGUGAAAAAUGUUCGUGUUUAGUAGCAGAUAAGCAUGAACAAAUGCUAUACGAAAAAGCCUCACUUAGUGCUUCAGCAGAUUAUGUAUCAAAUCAAAUCAAAGACACAAACAAAAGAACAGAAAGUUUUCCAGGUUUCAAAUUUAAGCUUGUAAAAUCUAAUAGUUGUAGCAGUCGACUGGAACUAACUGGAGCUGAUGAAAGCAAAAAUCCUCGACUAAAAUUUAGAAAACAGAGUUCUAAGGAGGAUCCUCCAUUGAUCAAUGAAAAUGAAAAUUCCGUAAAAAAUAAAAUCUGCCGCUUGGAAAGCUACAAUAAAGGUAUUGCAACGAGUCCUUUUCAACAAAAGGAUAAUGGUGAUAACAAUGUCAAACCAAACAACGCAAAAGAAAAAAGCCAAAACGGAAACGUAGAUACUAAAACGAUUAAAGUAACAAUACAAGAAUCGGGGCAACAGGGCUUAAAGAAACAAGUAAUUGAUAACAUACAAGAAUGUUCCGAACCUACACAAACACAUGACGCCCCGACCUUCGAAAAAAAAUUUUACUAUCUGAACGACAACAUCGAGCAAAAUAAGCUGACACCAGGAAAAUUUGGAGAAAUGGUAUUUGAAGAAUUCGAAGUUUUAGAAAACUGUUACGAUAGUUUAAACAGUAAUAAGUCUUCGAAAUAGUUAGUAAUUUAAAAGCCUUUCGCUUAACUACUUUGUGAUCUGUGCCUGUUUCAAACGCUUUUAAAUUAUUACUUGUAAAUUUAGUAACAAUUAUAAAUAAAUUAAGCUAAUUAUAGAUAUUUUAGUAUCUUAAUUAGAAUUAGGCAUUUAUGUAAACUGUUUAAUUUAAAGUAAACGAUUAUAAUUAUUAUUAUUUUAAUUAAAGCUAUAGUCCUGGUGAUGGUCUCUAACCCUUUGUAAUAAAUCACAUUGAAUGUUCCGUUAA